AUGAAGACCACUUGGAAGGAUAUCGCUCCUGUGCCCACGAGCCAGGAAUUUUUGGAUGUCGUUCUCAGCCGUACACAGAGACAGCUGCCAACCCAGAUUCGUGCUGGUUUUAAGAUCAGCCGUAUCAGAGGCUUUUAUACCCGAAAGGUCAAAUAUACCCAAGAGACAUUCUGCGAAAAGUUCCAGGCCAUUCUGGAUGGAUUCCCCCGGCUCCAGGAUAUUCAUCCUUUCCAUAAGGACUUGAUGAACACACUUUACGAUGCCGACCAUUUCAGAAUCGCUUUGGGUCAAGUUUCUACCGCUAAACAUCUUAUCGAGACUGUUUCCCGCGAUUAUGUCCGUCUCAUCAAAUAUGCCCAGUCUCUGUUCCAGUGCAAGCAGCUGAAGCGCGCGGCCCUCGGUCGUAUGGCCACCAUUUGCAGACGUCUCAAAGACCCUCUGGUCUACCUCGAGCAAGUUCGUCAACAUUUGGGCCGUUUGCCUUCCAUCGAUCCCAACACCCGAACUCUCCUGAUUUGCGGUUACCCCAACGUCGGAAAGUCUAGCUUUUUGCGCAGCAUCACCAAGGCCGAUGUUGACGUACAGCCAUAUGCAUUCACAACCAAGAGUUUGUUCGUUGGUCAUUUCGACUACAAGUACUUGCGAUUCCAAGCCAUUGAUACCCCCGGAAUUCUGGACCACCCUCUGGAGGAGAUGAACACGAUUGAAAUGCAAUCCAUUACCGCUAUUGCCCAUCUUCGCUCCGCGGUCAUGUACUUUAUGGAUUUCUCCGAACAGUGUGGCUACUCCGUUGCCGACCAAAUCAAGCUGUUCCACAGUAUCCGCCCGCUAUUCGCCAACAAGAUUGUCUUCCUUGUCGUCAACAAGAUUGAUGUCAGGCGCCCCGAGGAUUUGGAACCCGAAUACCAGCAAGAGAUCGAGUCGAUCCUCAAGUCUGGAGAUGUGGAGAUGUUGCAGUUAUCUUGCACCACUACCGAGGGUGUAACUAACGUGAAGAACGCCGCUUGCGACAAGCUACUGGCCGAGAGAGUGGCGCAGAAACUCAAGUCUGGAACCAACAGCUCUGGUACCCCUGGUGGACGUCUGGGUGAUGUCCUGGCCCGUAUUCAUGUUGCACAGCCCAUGGGUGGUGUCCAGCGUGAAACAUUCAUUCCUGAGGCCGUCAAGAACCUCCAGAAAUACGACAAGAAUGAUCCUAACCGGAAGAAGUUGGAGAGGGACAUUGAGGAGGAGAACGGUGGUGCUGGUGUCUACAACAUUGACCUCAAGAAGACCUACGACCUGGCCGACGACGAAUGGAAGCAUGAUAAGAUUCCCGAAGUGUGGAACGGCAAGAACAUCUACGAUUUCGUGGAUCCCGAUAUUGAGCAGAAAUUGGCCGCCUUGGAGGAGGAAGAAGAGAAGCUGGAAGCCGACGGUUACUACGAUUCUGAUGAGAGCGUGGAAGAUGCUGAGGAUGCAGACACCCGCAUGAAGGCAGACCUGAUUCGCGAGAAGCGGGCUUUGAUGCGCAACGAAGCCAAGAUGCGCAAGUCUCUCAAGAACCGCGCACAAAUCCCUCGUAGCGCCAAGGCCAAGUCGCUGUCCCAAAUGGAGAAUGCUCUCGAAGAGGCCGGCUACGAUGUCGAUGCUGCUUCCGCCCGUGCCCGCUCCAAGAGCCAGACCCGUGGACGUACCACUACUCGCGAUGCCGAUGGCGACGAUGCUAUGGAUAUCGACAUGUCCGAUCCUCGCCAGGCCAUUGCCAAGGCCAAGGGCCGUGCCCGCAGCCAGGCAGCAACCAACCGUCUCCUGGACGGUGUUACCGAUACCACAGCUCGCAGCAAGGCCGAUCGUCUCAAGAAGCUGGGCCAGAAGAAGAUGAACCGCAUGGCAAGAGCCGGAGAAGCCGAUCGUCACACUACCGCAUCUCUCCCCAAGCACUUGUUCACCGGCAAGCGUAGCAUCGGCAAGACUCAACGUCGGUAA